CUACCGCCUGGCCCCUCCCCUCACGUUCCGCAUUGACUUUUGCGAUUUGAAUGGGACUGUGACUGUGUUAAAAAUGGGUAGGAAAAGCAGAUAUAAGAAGUACAAAGCAGUGGAUCCAUUUUGUGUUGGCCAGAGAAAAAAUAACCUAACACGUCUUGAAAAUGUCUUCAACAAAGCACCUAAGAAAGAGGAUUUUGAGCAGAAGCCACCCAAGGGAUUCCUGGAAUUGAUGAAUUCCAUGAAGCAAGGUAAUAAUCAGAAGGAAAAACAUAUCACGAAGAAAAAGAGAAAGGCUGAAGAAAGCAUUGAAGAGAAAGAGGGAGAUGAUGACAGGAUGAAAAAGAAGAAAUUUGAAAGACGUCCUUGGGAAUCAGAUAUGCAGUUCAUCACUAGGGUUGAUAGGAUUGCUCAGAGCAUCGUGAAUAAAGAAAAGAUGGAGAUAAUAAAGACUGGAGGAGAUAAGGAUAUGGCUCCUAAGAAACUAACCAAAGAAAAAGAAAGGAAAUUGAAAAGGAUCAAGAAAACAGCUGCAGAAGCCAAACGGAAGAAACAAGAAGAGCAGGAGGAAUAUACCAAGGCUGCAAGAAAUGAAGAGAUGCUGGAAUCUCUGGAGAAGGAAAUGAUGAAAGAUAAAGUAGAGUUUGGAGAAGUUGCCAUGGCUCCGCCUAUCCUCACAAAAGCACCCAGGAAAAGCCAAGAUGCAGCAAAGCCUGGUCAACGUGAACUGCUUCUUAAAGGACUUGUGUCAAUGCCUCAAUCUGGCAGUAAAUCAACGCAGCAACACCAAAAGAAGGCUGGACGGGGCGGACCAGAUACCAGUAGCGUCCAGAAGAAGGGGAAAAGGAGAAAAGACAUGUCGGCUCUGGAGAAGGAACGCUUUGACCAGACGAGGAGUUCCGUCAUAGAAGCGUACAGGAAGCAGAAGAACACCACAAGGAUAUCAUUGCCAUUGCCGGGUGAAGAUUUGAGGUGAUGGAUCUUUGAUGGAGCUGAGAGACUCCAAAAGGACAAAACAUUCAACGAUGCUGAUCCAAGUUAUGCUGGACAUGGCCACCAAAUGGAGUUGUCAUGAACAUAAAUCCUCCUCAGAAAUCUUCUUAUUAUACAUCACUGAUGUUCACAUAUUGAGACAAAGAUUUUUAUCCUUACAUGUUGCAAAACUUAGUAUGCCUCUGCCCAUCGUAUGUGGUGCCGCCAGGGGCGUUAUGUUUCAGGUUAUCCAUCUUAUGAGCUCCAUUGCUCUUCCAGACACCUGUUCGAAUAUGUUAAACAAAUGUGUCUUUCACUUUAUAAGUAACAGUGAUAGUUAUAGGUGUGGUAAUUGGAACCGAGCUCGACAUAUGGUUGAUGUGCCAGAAUGCCGACAAGACACUGAUCAAUUCAGUUUGAUGUUACAAGUAUUUUAGAAAAUUUUAAAUUUCGUAUUGAAUUUUACCCCAGGAUUACUUGUAUGGAUUAUUGUUUUUAUGAAGCCAAAACUGAAUCACUCAAGAAAUAUUGAAAGUAUAGAAUGUAUUGUAUAGAAAUGUAGAAAGUAUUGUAUGUCUGCCCCCGUCUAAGGUGGUUUCGGAGGCAGUUUCUUGUCAUCCUUCAUCCCACUUAAUGAAACUAGUUUGACGGAUCAAAUUCAAACUUUGCUGAUGUAUGCAUAUAAAAGUAAUCAUGAUCUGGGGCCUGUUGCAGAAAGAGUUGCGUUUAAACGCAAGUCAAAAUAUCAAGCGCAAGUCCCGAAUACGGAUGCUUCAAUGGCUGAAAAUCAAGUUGCGCAAGAUAUUUUUAGUUGCGUUUGAUCGCAACUCUUUCUGCAACGGGCCCCGGAUUGAUUUGGGAUUAUCAAAGUUAAAUGUUGAAGGUCACAGAAGUGAUUUUAUACAUGUACAUGAAAAUGUAUUAUACUUGAGAUAAUUUAAUUACCAUAAGAAGGAUCAACCUCAAACUUGUCCUUAAGGGAGUGUCAGUGAUCUGAAUAGAUUAUGGGAUCCCAAGGUCAAGAUUCAAAGGUCAUUAGAAACAUGAAAACGACUUAUUCUCGCAAUAAAGAUCCAUUUCACUGAUCAACUUUAAACCUGGUUCAUGUUUACCUAUGGGAGUGUUGGUGAUUCGAUCAGAUUCUGAAUUUAGGUCGGAGGUCCCCGGGGGGGGGGGGGGCACUUCCAUUGACAAGUGGAUACCAUGCACGACCAUGAGGUCUCAAAAAGCACCCUAAACACGUAUUUUCCAUACUCUGAAAAUGCACCCCUUAACAACUAUUGGCGUGUGAAACCCUACUCUUAACAAGUAUUGGAAACAAAACGAUACUAUUGGCAAGUAUUCCCUGAAUUAAACCCUAAACAAGUACAGCGAUCACGGACGUCGGUCGUCGGUUAACUUUACCUGGUACAUCAUUGGGUUUAGUACAGCCCCACUCGCGCAAAUCGUACUCUAAACCCGGGCUCUAAACACGUAGUGUUGACUCUUGGGGCAAAAAGUACAUCCUUUAUAAGACAUUUUAGUCUUGAUUUUUAUACCCUCGCAAAUUUUACCCUAAACACGUAGCUUUCCUAUCGAAAAUAGAUACCCUUUUUUCAUUAUUUUAGUGUUUUUGACACCCUUAUUACGUUACGUAACGUGCUCUAUCUUGAAAAAGACAUCCUUUUUACCUUUUUUUUUUGGUCGCGCAUGGUAUCCACCCGUUAAUGUAAGUGGCCCCCCCCCCCCGGGCGAAGGUCAAAAGUAACAGAGAUCAGUCAAUGUGUACAUGAAAAUGAUCAAUUCUUGCAAUAAUUAAAGAAUUGUUUGACUGAUCAACUUCAAAUGAUUUGGUCCUUGCAUGUGCAUAUAUAUAUGGGAAUAAUAUUGAUUUGGUAAAUUUUGGGGUCAAAGAAAGGUAAAAGAUCAUAGAGGUCAUGAGUUGCUGUAAUGAUAGACGUAAUAGAUAAAUCUGAAUUUGUCUUGUUAGAAAAUUUAUAUAUGCAAAUGAGAGUGACAACAUGCUUUACAUUUUGACAGAUUUUGAAAAUUUCAAAAGCGAUGAAUAUAUUUCAGAUCUGGAAAUGGCAGAGUAAUUAAUUUGACAAUUUCAACUAAAGGCAUUUGAAAAUCCA